AUGGCAUCUACUCCAUCCAACCGUCUCAAACUGACGCCUUCCAACUCGCCCUUCAUAAACCGCAUGUCCCGGUCUCCCAUCCGCUCAAGAACAUUUAAUGAUCUCGCCGCCGCCACCUCCGCCUCUGCCUCCUCAAACACAUCCGCUCCCUCCCGCCUAUCUCUGAAACGAGUGGUCGGCUCUACCUGCUCCUCUCCUACGGGUUUCGAUACCGUUAACUCGUGCUUUGCAUACAUUGCUGGCGGGGCCGUGGUCGUCGUCGACGUCUACGGUGAUUACUAUAAGCAGCGUUUCUACCGUGCACGGCCGACAGCCGUUCCUGUCUUCUCAGUUUCUCCCGUCAACAACGGACCCUCGACACCGAAUUCUACACCAAAAGCAAACGACAGCCGAAGCAGGCUUACGCUUGGUUCGAGCCACCGCGACUCCGCUUUUGGCCUACCAGACUGGGCCGAAUCGCCCACUUCCGGCAAGACCUGGACCCAGCGCGAGCGCAUAAAGUCGGCGACAUGUCUAUCCCUGAGCCGCGAUGGCCGUUUUCUGGCUGUUGGCGAGACGGGCUACGCACCACGGGUGCUCAUCUUCAACCUCGACGACACAUCUUCCGACAUCCCUCUCGUCUCGAUCAACGAGCACAGCUUUGGUGUGGCAGCUGUCGCCUGGUCGCCGGACUCGCGGUACAUGGCCUCGCUGGGCGCCGCCAACGAUGGGUUUUUGUAUAUUUGGAAGAUCGACCCACGUACCGGCGCAGCCAAACUCUUCCAACAGAACCGCUGCACAUCAUAUGUGCGUGGCAUGAUCUGGCUGGAAAGCAACAGCCUGGUCACUUUUGGCGUCCGCCACGUCAAGGUCUGGCGCAUCGAUGAAAGCGUAUCGACGAGCACGUCACCGACAAAGGCCCGGUACGGCGGGAAUGACGGCUACGCCUCUACACCACCGCCGGUCUAUCAGUCCCAGAAGGAGCAACCGCUGCAGCAGAAAACGCUACCGGGACGAAACAUCUUGUUAGGGUCGAUGCUCGAGGCCACCUUCACUUCUGCGGCGCCCCUCCCCGGUGGCGGUGCCGUAAUCUGCUCGGAGUCCGGUGACAUAUGCCUCCUCGAAUCAGUCAACAAGCAGAUGAAGCUGACUCGUAUUCGCGAUACGCGGUUUGCGUUGAACUGUGUAUCUGUUCGAAAUGACCGCGUGUACUUUGGUAGUAAAACGGGCCACUCCUUGACCAUGGACCUGGAGGACAUGUUGCAGGAGGGUCGACGCGCCGCGCAGCUCCCCUCGGCCCCAUCUACACCGUCGCUUUCCUCGAGCUCUCCAAGUCUCCAAAGCCGCAUGUCGUUUACUGUACCGUCGAUGCGAACCGGCUUGGUUGCAAUGGGUUUUCUUACUGGCCACGUUGUCACCGUCGACACAAAGCAAUCGAUUGACAUUUUCUCUGGCACCGAUCACGUCCCAGGCGAGGAUCCAGCACCACACGUGAAACGGAUACCGAUUCCGGGCCAUGGAGAGCCCAUCUUGGGCAUCCAGGCCCUCGCGCUACCGAACGAAGCCGAUGCCGCAUUUUUCACCUGGUCCAGUUCCGGAAACAUCUUGCUAUGGAACGUUGACGGCGAAAUACAGUCGUCCCUGCAGGUACCGAUCGACCAGAACGUAACAGGAGACGAACUCGAACCAUCAAAUCAGCUCUCCGCCGUGCGGGCCACACGAGGCGGAAAGCUCUUCGUCACAGCCGACCGGUGCGGCGUCUUACGAAUUGUCGACUUCGCGACCAAAGAGACGGUACUCGAGACCAAGGCGCAUGCCUCCGUUUGUCAAUCGAUUUCUAUUUUUGAAAAGGGCUCGAAGCUGCUCCUGGCCACAUGCGGCCGCGACCGGACAGCCCAGCUCUUCCACCGGCUACAAGACGGGACCGUGGAGCAUUUCCAGACACUCGAGUUUGCUGCAAAGGCGGUGCAGGUGCUUAUUUCGCCCGACGACAAGGUCAUCACCUGUUCCUUUGACCGGACCCUUCAAGUGUAUGACCUUGUGUCCAAGGAGGAUGAGCCAGACGUGAUUGCCGCCAUACCUGCACGAGUCAUCACACUGAAAGCAUCACCCUCGUCGAUGGCCCUGUCGCCCGAUGCUCGGACGGUCUUUGUAUCUCUCCUGGACCGCACAAUCUGCCAGUAUGAUCUCACCACGAGCCGGCUUGUGAGCUCCUUCAAGUGUAUCGACGAGGGCGGCUCCGAAUCUGCUCUGUUGGACGCACUCAUCUACGGCACGCAAGCCACCGGGAUGCCACAUGCACCGCCUCCUUCGCCUUUGAACAUAAUCUCCACUGACACGCCUUUCCUGCUCGGUCUAUCGAACACCGACAAGUCGGUGCGCAUCUAUGACGCCAACACGAGUGCGUUCCUCGACCGCGAAUGGGGUCAUACUGAAGCCAUCAAUGGCGUUGCUCUUAUUGAAGAGGAUGAGGACAUGGACAGUCCAACAAAAUCGACUGCGCCGAGCUCAUUUUCGAGUGGUUGCCGGAAGGUAGUGAGCGUCGGCUCAGACGGAACCAUCAUGUUUUGGUCGCUGGACCUACGCGAACAGCUUGCCCCUGGCUCGUCCAUCAGCCGCGAUCCAUCGCCACAUAAAGACACCAUAUCUGCCACGGCUUCGCGGCCACCCCUCAGGAAGGUUCUGUCAAAAGCCGAGCUGGCCGAAUUCCAGAGACCAUCCACGUCAAGCAGCGUCAACGGUGGAAGCGCCAGCGCCAGCGGCAAACGGUCUCCGUCACGGUCCCUCUCACGACGGUCGUCUCGGUACAACUUGUCUACUGGUGCAGGGCCAGCAGCACGCACGCCGAUCUCUGUGCUUCUGAAUAAUCCGGCCAAUGCCAUUGUCGAAGACACGCCAUCUAGGAGGGCAUCGGCAGGAAGUGCGUCGGGCAGCCCACCUGUGCCGACCAGUCCCAAGACGAAGGUCCGGCGGCGGCCGUCCCUCCCCGCCAUGAGCAGCACAAAUACGACACCCACCAACAUCAGCUCGGGUAGCGGCGCCACCAUACGCAAGAAGAGCAGCGCCAACAACAUCCGCAGUUCGUACGGAUUUGGCAGCCUCAACAUGGCGACGGAGCAGACAUGUCGGCAGUUGCGUGCGUACCGCAAGCGCCUUGCCUCGACAGACCCCAUUGCACAGGACGUCUUGGUGGAGCUGGACCAGGAACUCCGGCUGACGUUUGCUGCGCUUGGCGACCGGGCCACGCGCAGCAAGGCGAUGAGCGAGGAGCUUGACGGCCUUCUGGAUGAGAAGCUUGAGCGACUGGUGUCGCUGCUUGACAAGAAGUGGAACUUGCGCCAACCAAAGCGCGACAGAGAGCGUGAACGUGACCUAGACCGGCCUGUUCUGCUCCGACACCGGCAGCAUGACCGCGGCAACAGCGGAGGAAGUGCCACCAGCAACAGCAGCGCAGACGACCAGGGCCGGGACCAAGACACGGACCGAGCUGGCAGGGAUGACCGCAGCAGCAACAAUAGUGCCGACAUGGACAACACGUCGCCAGACGAAAAUUCGCGACCGACGUCGAUGGCUGGCUCGAUGCGUAUCUAG